AUGAAGCUACCCCCAGAGUAUGAUGAAAAUGGAAAUCCUGUAUUUUUAGUUAUCAAAGAUGCAAAAUGUAAAGUUGGAACGUGGUAUAUGAUAGAUUCAUGUAACAGCUGUUACUGCCAUCUCCACGUCUGGUUUUGUACAGAUAAUAUUCAUUGUGUUCCUGACAAGAAUAAGAAGAGUAAGGACGAUAAAAAAUGCCCUUUAGGACAACAAUUUAGAGUGGGUACAUGUCAUCGGUGUUAUUGUCGUCCUUUAAAACUUAAAAAAUAUCAUUGUAAACCCGAAAUUAAGUGUAAAAUCGUCUCACGCUGUCCAAAAGAUAGAAACUUGGAUCCAAAAACUUGUCAAGCUCUUCAAACGAGAUAUUGCGAUUUAGGACAUAUAUUAACACUAGAUGAAUGCAAUUACUGUAUUUGCUUUCUUAAGAAAUACUUUUGUACGGACAUUAAAUGCUACAUUUUCAAAAGUACAGAAAGAUCUGGCAGAUGUGUCGAAGGACACAAAUAUUACUUGGCUGAUAGUUGUAACUUCUGCAUAUGUCAAGGCGGCCAGGAGUUCUGCACGUCAAGACCUUGCCUGCCCAAUGCUGAUGCACAACUCCAAGGAGGGUCAACUUCACGUGCUGUAGCGAGUCCAGAGCGGCAACUCGGGACUUGCGUUGAUUAUGAGGAAGUCCCUUCCGACGGUGCUUGCAACACUUGCAUAUGUCUGCACGGCCGAAAGAUCUGCACUAUGACACAUUGCACUGACAGAACUGCAGACUGGACAACCCGUCUUGCUGCUGCUCACAACCAUAUACAAUACAAAACUCGUAAUGCCGCAUGUCCCAAAGGUACCUUCAUCCACAACCCGAACCAGCCCUGCAGUAUAUGUCUUUGUGGCGGCAACGAUCCAGGGUCCCACAAUAUGUGCUUCACAGAUGCCAAGUGUGUCAAACAAGUCAUCAGCCACUUGAACGGCUAAACUGUAGUUUCUUUGUGAAUAUCAACGUCAAUAAAUCUUAUGAAACUGGUCUCAAAAUAUUUUGCUCAUCCCUGAUAGAUACUUAAUGCAAAGCGACAUAAAUGUCAAAAAAAUAUGGAAACCAGAAUGUCUAGAAGGCAGUCGCCCCAUGUAAGUCUGCGUCCAGGCUUGCCGAAU